CGUCGUUGUUAAGGCGACAUCGCGCUGAAUCAACGGUCAAGUGGUAUCAGCUUCUCUUGCUUCUCGCUAGCCACUCCUACCCCAUAAACCCCGUUCCACACUCCUCGAUGACAAACGUAUGUGAUUUUGUACUUUGGAUCAUGCAAUAUAAGUACUAGAAUGUAGUAGCUCAGAAAUAAUCUGAGAUCUUUUUUUCUAUAAUGGGAGGAUGAAUAUAUAAAUGAUAGCGCGCAGUUUCUUUUCUUUUUGUUUCGUCAAUUGUCAAUUUCACCCACAAACACACCCCCUGUUGCGACGUUCCUGAUCAAAACUCACUCGCUGAAACAAAAAAUUAGAAAGUCAGGCAUUCAGAUGACAUUCCGACAGGUCCUGCACGCUGACGGGCUCUUAAUCUCUUCAUUUACGUUAUCUUGAAGUACAUACGUCGGGGUAUUACGCUCUCUUUCCUCAAACCCCGAAUCCAACUCUUCGCUUUAGAUGCCACCCUUGAUUCUUACAUUCAUCUCUCUUCAUCCUCCUGUUUCUCACAACAUCUAAGAAUGUGCAUCCGCCAUAUCCAGCCCUUUCCUUCCCCUCGUUGUCAAUCCCAAUUCGUUCCCUUGCAACUCACACACCCACCCAGACAUGUUGCCCUGAAGGAAAUAGAUUUUUGUCCAGGAUACGAUGUAUCGAACUAUUUGACAUGCCCAAAAGGAUUAGAGGAAGUUGUUUGGGAGAUAUGGCCAAUGAAGCAAGCUUGUUGCGAUUGUGAAAUGGAAUUGGGAGAAGGGAUAGGAAGAUUGAGUUUGUGAUUAUGGGAGUAGGAGAGUGGUGUUUUGGGGGUGAGGGAUAGCGAGUUCGAGUCUGUCAAGCUUGUGCAUCGCCGAUUCAACCGCGCUAUCUCCUUCCUUCCUUUCCCCAGUUUCUCUUCAUAUUAUCGAGUGAUAGUACGCCAUGUGUAGGUCAACUUUGUGCUAUAGUAUGAAAUUUCUCACGAUGAAAGGAUGCAGGAGGUUGGACUGAGUUUUUUUGUAAUGCGACACUUUUAAAAAGGGAUCAUGGUUUGAUUGUUUCCACAUUUUUAUACGAAAUCAACUCUGCUGGAACAGAAUUGUUGAUCUUGAUCUUUACAUCAUGUGGGUUUUUAUGGUUUGGGGAAUGACUUCGUUUGGAGUUUGAUAGGGAAGCGAGAUUGGUAAUACUGGUGCGAUAUAAACAGACGGGUAUGAAGUAAUGGCAGGGCAGGCGUAAUGGACAUAGCUAAUCGACCUUGAACUUUAUUACUUCUUG